AUGGCUCCCUGCUCUGCAGGGGGGGCGGGCUGCCCGGGGCGCCCCAGGAGCUGGGUGGGGCCCAGCCGAGUGGGCGCCGGGCUGCGCAACCUUGGGAACAGCUGCUACGCCAACGCGGCCCUGCAGUGCCUGACCUACACGCCCCUGCUGGCCGGCUACCUGCUGUCCCGGCCCCGCAGAGCGGCCUGCCCCCGGCGGCCGCCCUGUGCGCUGUGCGCCCUGCAGGCGCACGUCUCCCGCGCCCUCCUGCACCCCGGGGAGGUGGUGUCGCCCGAGAAGGAGCUGCUGGCCGGCUUCCACGCCCGCCGGCAGGAAGACGCCCACGAGUUCCUGAUGUUCACGGUGGACGCCAUGCGGCAGGGCUGCGCGCUCUGGCCGGCGCACCCGCAGCCCGGGGGCAGCACCCUGGUGCGGGACCUCUUCGGCGGCUGCUGGAGGUCCCAGGUCCGGUGUGAGCGCUGCCGCGGCGUCUCCACCACGCUGGAGCCCUGCCUGGACAUCGCCCUGGACAUCCAGGCCGCCGACAGCGUGGAGCGGGCGCUGGAGGAGCUGGUGAAGCCGGAGAGGCUGGCGGGGGCCGACGCGUAUCACUGCGCCGUCUGUGGGGACAGGGGCCCCGCGGCCAAGACGCUGGCCCUGCACGCGCCCCCCCGGGUCCUGGUCCUGGUGCUGAAGCGCUUCUGCGGCCUCACAGGCGCCAAGGUGGCCAAGCCGGUGCGCUACCCGCAGGACCUGGACCUGCAGGCUCUGGUGUCCGAGCAGAGGGCCGAGGCCCUGCGGUACGAACUCUACGCCGUGCUGGUGCACGCCGGCUGGGGGUGUCGCCAGGGCCACUACUUCUGCUACGUCAGGCCCUCGAGGGACCAGUGGUACCGAAUGGACGACUCCGAGGUCACCGCCUGCGAGGCUUCCUCCGCCCUGAGCCAACAGGCCUAUGUGCUCUUUUACAUCCAGAAGGGGGCCCUGGAAGAGGCCGGCGGGCCGCCCCCGAGGCUGACCAGCACAGGCGCAGGCCUGCCCCCGGGGGCCCACCGGGCGGCUGCGGGAGACCGGCCCCCUGCUGGCCCCGAGUCCCUGGAGCCUGAGCAAGAGGCGCCGACCCAGCCGGUCACCUUGGACCAGUGGCGACGGCAUCAAGAGCAGACGCGACCCAAGCCCCCCGUCCAGCUGAGGGAGGUGGACCGCGCCCUGCCCGCCAACGCAGUGGUGAUCCACGGGCCCAGACACCCGGCGGGGGCCGGAGAGGCCAGCGAUGCUGGCCGGCCGCACCCCUUCCCCUGGGCGGGCCCUGCCCAGGGGCCAGCACCCGCAGGCCGAGCCCCUGGCCCGGGAGGGAGAGCCAGCAAGGGCAAGAGGAGGAAGCCCCAGCGGGUCCUGCUCGCGUUCUAG